AUGGGGGAUCAUGGGGAUGAUGACAAGAAGGCUCACGUGGUAGUGCUGGCAAGUCCCGGCAUGGGGCACGUGACCCCUCUCCUUGAGUUGGCCAAAACACUCGUCCUCCACCUUGGAUUCCACGUCAGCUUUCUUGCCAUCCCUGCCGAAGAAGCAUCUCCGGCACAAAUUCACCUCCUCCGAUCGCCCAAUCUUCCUCCUGACCUCCAUGUUAUCGAUCUUCCUCGCGCUCAUGUAUCAAGUACUCUUCGCCACGACAUGGGGGUUUUCUCUCGUCUCUGCGUCGUCGUCCGAGAGGCACUGCGUUUUCUUCCUCCAUUCCUAAAUCAAAACUCCGUAAACGCGCUCAUCACCGAUCCCUUCUGUCUCGCUGCUUUCGAUAUAUUCGACGACGACGACGUCUCGGUUCCGACGUAUGUAUUCUUCACCAGCUCAGCUUCUCUUCUGGCGUUGACCUUCUACUUGCCGACCUUAGACGAAAUGGUUGUCGGAGAUUAUAGUAAAAUCUCAGACGAGGUACGUGUCCCUGGUUGCAAGCCUUUGCCGGUUGAAGACUUAAUUAACGAUGUUCUUGAUCGCCAAGUUCUUCCUAUUUCGAACCGGUUACCAACGGUAGCCGGUAUCCUGUUAAAUACUUGGGAGGAGCUUGAGCCGGUUACACUCCGCUCUUUCAGAGAGACACCGUUCUUUCUUCAAAUACCAAUCCCACCGGUUUACCCCAUCGGACCCAUCACGAAAAGAGAUCCUGAACCGGCCGUAAAAAGUAGUACGUCGCACGCAAACUUGAUUUCAUGGCUAGAUAAACAGCCUUCCUGUUCGGUUGUUUACGUGUCGUUUGGCAGCGGUGGGACCCUUUCAGCAGAGCAAACUAAUGAGUUGGCUCGGGGUUUGGAGCUGAGUGGGCAACGAUUCGUCUGGGUCGCUCGGCCUCCAGCUGAAGCUAACGCUUCUGGUAACUUUUUCAACGCGGGUGAUGAGGUGGAAGAUCCGGCCACGUAUCUGGAACAAGGGUUUCGGGAUAGGACAGAAGGAGUGGGGAUGGUGAUAUCCUCGUGGGCCCCACAGGAGGAGGUGCUUCGUCAUCCAUCCAUAGCUGGGUUUUUAACCCAUUGCGGAUGGAAUUCUUUACUGGAAAGCAUUGUUUAUGGCGUACCGAUGAUCGCGUGGCCAAUGUACAACGAGCAGAGAAUGAACGCCAGGAUGCUAAUUGAAAUGGGUUUGGCCGUUAAGCCAGAGGUUGGAGAAGGGAAGAGGGUGGUGGGGUGGAGUGAGAUUGAGAAGGUGGUGAGGAUGAUUGUGGAGGGUGAACAAGGGAUGCUGAUAAGGAGUAGGGUUAGAGAAUUCCAAAACAGUGCUUUGCGAGCAUUUAAUAAUGGAUCGCUUGCUUGUGUGGCUAAUCAAUGGAAGGUCGAAUCCGGUCUUUGA